AUGUCCAAAGUCGCGCUCAUCAUGGGCAGCCUCCGCCGACCAGGCAACGGCAUCGGCAUCGCGAACUGGCUCACGCCCAUCCUCCGCAAAGGCUUCGAGAACUCCAAGACGGACGUCGUCUUCGUCGACUCCACGAAGCCGCCCCUCCCGCUCGGCCCCCUUGUCGAUGGCUCGUACGUCCCCGCCGAGAUCCGCGACCCUACGAAGUACCUGCACCCGAACGUGCGCGAGUGGGCGACGUUCGUGAGCUCGUGCAGCGGCUUCGUCGUUCUCUCUCCGGAGUAUAACGGCUCGUAUCCCGGUGAGCUCAAGAACACCCUCGACCACCUCUACUGGGAAUGGCACAAAAAGCCCGUCUUGCUCGUCACGUACGGAGGCGGCGGGGCUUCGGGGGCUGUUGGGAGGGCCGUUCAAGAUGAAGGUGGCUGA